AUGAAGGGAACGAAGAGAGAAUGCCCAGAAAAUGACGGCCAGGGGGCCUCUGAUCCGAACGGACUCCAGGGAACAGCACCGAGACGCCGCAGAGUUCAAUUCGCCGCUGAAACCAAAAUCCAUUGCGUCGAGAGGGAGGCGGAGCCAGAAGAUGUCGAAAAAUCCCCAGGGCUGCAUCCCGCCGUCUCAGCGGCUCCUGAAGAAACUCCUUCUCAGGCGGAGAUGUUGGACGCGCAAUACACAAAGGAAACAGUAGAGGACUUGCGGAGGAAGAAAAAGGCGCUGGCUGCAGGUGUUCAUCGCCUCGGGCUUGGCCCUCGCGGCUUUGAUUUUAAUGUUUUCGACUCUGCUGCUGCAGCGCAUGCCGCAGGAGAAGCCGACCCCGAUCAGGCGGACGCAGGGGAGGUGCCUCUAGAACCUUUCAACAUGCGGCGAGAAAUGCAAGAGGGAACUUUUGACGGCGAUGGCAACUACCUCUGGCGCAAGACAAAUCCCGAUGAAGUUUCAGACCCUUGGCUAGACUCCCUCGGAGAGACCAAGGGUGACUUGGUCAGAAGGGCCCCCCAUGGACCGUCUCAGAAGGGCAAGGCCAGGAAACAGAGGGUGCUACCGGCUCUUGCUGCAGCGGCAGAGCGCGAGGAAGCAGAGGCAGCAGCAGCGGUUGCUGCCGCCGCAGAGGGAGGGGAAGCAGGGAAGAAAGAAGGAGAGCCUAACGGAGAUGCCGAAGCGAAUAGGAAGGCUUUCGAGGAUCUUACGGAAAUCUGCACGGCGCUGCUCGCCACUGGAAGAAAUGUCUACUUCUUGACCAAGACGCAGCUGGAAGAAAUGUUGCAGAGCGAGAAGGCAGAAGCAAAUGAACAUGGAGGUAAUGGGGGAGGCCAAGAUUCGAUGUGUCAGUCAUGCUUUUAUAGAAGCGUCAGUAGCGUAGGGACUGAAGCGUGUUGCAAGCAUAUCAAUACAGCACCUGUGUUUCUAUGCGCGUGCUCGGCUUGUUCAGCAGCCCUAUCAUCAUCGAGUGGGGAAGUGGACCCUGUGUACUGGCAGUUUCGUUGGCUCGGAAACUCAAACGACAAAGAGAUCCAUGGUCCUUAUUCCUCUGAAAAUUUUCGCACCUGGAUUGAUCAAAAUUUCAUUUCAGAACGGAACCCCGUGGAAGUUCGGCGAGUGAGUGCGGCAAAUGAUCCUUUGGACGGCGUUUGGUUAAAUUGGGUGUCCGUCGAUUUCCGGUCAGACGAGCAAACUCAAAAAGAUAUGCAGCUUCAAGAAGAAAGGGAUGCGCGAUGGGAGGCGGAAGAGGAUGCCAGACUUCAAAAAGAAGCAGGGAGAGGCAGACAGGCAAUGAAAGAAGAAGACGAUGAUGACUAA